UUGCCGCAAAUAUUGUGCUGCUCCACUCCCCCCCUUCUCGCGCAAAGCCCACCCUUUCUCUUCGCUUUCCUCUACAUGGGCGUUCGAGUUAAAGGCGGCGUACGUAUUUCAGCAAAUGUCAAAGAGUAGGCCGAUUUGCAUUUCUUUUACUUAUUUUAUAUUGAACUACCCGGGGUUCUUGCCCGAUCUGCCAGAGUAGGUGGUACGUGCCACCAACGUCUAGGCUCUCCAUCCGUAUCUACUUCAAAGCUUCGUGACGUGUGCUCUCCAACAUGCGUCAACCAGAGAGCUGGAUGGGAAUGCACUCUUAAUGACGUGCACGUAUAAGGAUCAACUGCUCGCCUAUCAAGUCAACGACUACGUACGUCGAAGGCAUUAUUUUAUAAUUUUGUCCCCUCGAAUAAACCUGGCGGCAUUGGUGGAUCGCCUCUAUUUAAGGUUCGUGCCCACUAUCGGGGGGAGUCGGCCAAGAAUCGGGCGAGCUAGAAAGGUAAAUCAGUCUAGUUUCCCAAAAACUGCAUUCGAGACUUCUAUUUUUGGUACUACUAUCCCUUUUCCUUUGUUUUAUUGCAUCCCGUGUCGCUUCUUGCUUGCUUUCUCGCAAUAUAUUUUUUACUGCUGUUUGUCGGUUCUUUAGCUUUUUUGUUUAGUUAUUUUUGUUUUAGUCAUUGUUUAGUCAGCUCGUCGUCGACCUGAAGGCAGCACAGCCUGCAAGGUGCAAGCGUCGAAGACUUUCGCCUCCUUUUCUCUUGCUCACGUCGCUCACGUUCAAGGGUGCACGCGUGGCGACAAAGAGGAAGCUUCGACGUGGCGCUCCCCUUGCCGCCCCGGUGUGCCCAAGCUGUGCUCGAAGAGCCUCUGUUGGGCGGUGAUUCUCGAAGAACUGAGAUCUCAACGCCUGCUCCCUGAGAACGUGCCUUCAGCCUCGUCCGUUCUUCGUGUCACGACCUAAACCACUUUCAAGAUGGCCGUACCCUUCCCAAGGUUCAAGGUCAUGCUGCAUACUCACUUGGACGGCCACAUACGCCAUACGACGAUUAUGGAGUACGCAAAGAAGAAAAAGAUUGAUCUCGGCUAUGCCAACCUUCAAGACUGCUUGAAGAAAACAAGGCCGGCUAAACCGAGCACACUCCAGAACUACCUGAAGGAGAUGCCCAAUUACCUGAGAGUCAUUGUUGGCGACCGCGAUGCCCUGACGCGGAUUGCAUACGAGGCCGCCGUGGACCAGGCCAACUGCGGCGUCAUCUACAGCGAGAUGCGCCUGUUCGCGCAAAUGAUGAGCAGCACCAUGUCGAGCCUGCCCAAGGGCUCGGGCCCCAUGACCCUCAACACGACGCGGGAGGUGGUCGACGCCACACUUGCGGGAUUCAAAAAGGCCGAGGACGAGUGCGGCAUCAAGGCACGCCUCGUGCUCGCCUGCUUUAGGGACAAGCCCGAGUGGGCUGACGAGGUUGUGACCCUGUGCCAGGAAUACAAAGGCAAAGGCGUUGUCGGCAUGGACGUGUGUGGAGUGUUCGCCCCGAAGCAGACCGAGAAGGAGGGCGAGGAGAUCCUCCAUCCGCAGGUCAUCAGUGCCUUCAAGAAAGCGGCAACGCUGGGCGUGCACCGCACGGCUCACGCGGGCGAAGCUGGGCCUCCGAGCAACAUCUCGCGCGCCAUUCAAGAGCUGGGCACCGAGCGCAUAGGUCACGGCUACGCGGCCAUGCGCGACGGUGGCGAGGCCUUCAAGCUGGCUAUAUCCAAGAACAUCCACUUCGAGGUCUGCCCCAACAGCAGCUACCUGACCGGAGCCGUCAAAACGACCGAGGAACACCCUAUGAUGGCUUGCAAGAAGCAAAACGCCAGCUUCUCGAUGAGCACCGACGACCCGACCAUCACGCACACGGAUAUCGACGACGAGUACUGGCUGGCGCUCAGGCUCGGACUCACGCCCCAGGACAUCAUUCAGACGAACCACAACGCCAUUAAGAACUGCUUCCUGCCCCCGGACGAAAAAGAGUCUCUGCGCAAGUGGUUUGACCAGCUCAACGGGCUCGCGUAGGAUGUCGUCGUCGCACGCAGGCAUACUUUCGCGGUGGAGAACGCAGCCCCACACUUCACCGAGACUCCCCCAGCUGCCUCCCAAGCGCCAACGAGGCCGCAUGUUUUCCGGCAACCGAUCGUCGUCGAUGGCCGAAGCAAAAUUAAAGCAUUGCCUCCUCACC